GCCGUCUGACUGCAAAGCUUGACUUGUCCGGAGUCCCGCGUGUCACUUUCACCCAGGUGAGCAUCUUCUCACCUCCAGAUAACAAGCCUGCGCUGUGUGAGUGACAUCCAACAUGGCCGUGCAGGUCAACAUGUGUCCCAUGAGCGCUGUCAUUGGCUGCUUCACUGUGAUGGGGGCUCUCCUGCUGCUGCUGCCCUCCAACUGGAUCAGCACCGUCUUGGCGCUGCUGGGACUCUGCCUGUUCUGUGGAGGCUCCUGGAAGUUCAUCUUCGUGGCUCUGUGCACCUGCAAACGGGACUUUUUAUGUCUGCUGGUUUUAUUGCGAGUGAGGUUGGCCAUGUACCAAAACGCAAGGAGGACCAUACCCGCCUUGUUUGCCAAGAUGGCAGCACGGCACCCGGACAAGCCUGCCCUCAUCUACGAGCCCACAGGAGAGGUGUGGACUUUCAGGCAGCUGCAGGAGCAGUGUCAUGCUGUGGCCCACUGGGCGCUGGCACAAGGGUGGGCAGAGGGGGACGUGGUGGCCUUGUACAUGGGAAGCCGUCCUUCCUUGGUGUCCCUGUGGUUGGGUCUGGCAAUGGUGGGAGUGGAGGCCGCGCUCGUCAACUACAACCUGCGACUGAAUUCCCUGCAGCACUGCGUUAACGUGUCUGGGGCCCGCGCACUGGUGUUUGGGAGCGAGCUGCGGCAAGCCGUGGUUGAGAUUAGAGGGUCAUUGCACUCCAACAUGGUUUUGUUCUGCAGCGGCGAACAAUCCGAAAAGGAGACCCUAGCCGAUUUCAAAGUUGAGAGUCUGGAUGAACUGCUGGCAUGUGCCCCCAGGCGCCCGCCCAGCUGCACGCUCAAAAAGACAUUCAAUGACAGACUGUUCUACAUUUACACAUCUGGUACAACAGGAAUGCCAAAGGCAGCCGUGGUGGUGCACAGUCGAUAUUUCCGUAUUGCUGCCUUUGGUUUCUAUGCUUUUGGUCUACGAGGUGAUGACAUCAUCUAUGACUGCCUUCCUCUAUAUCACUCUGCAGGCACGAUCAUGGGUGUAGGUCAGUGUUUGCUGUUUGGUGCAACCGUCGUCAUCAGAAGUAAGUUCUCAGCCAGCAGGUUCUGGGAUGACUGUGUCAAACACAAUUGCACUGUAAUCCAAUACAUUGGAGAGAUUUGCCGCUACCUUUUGGCCCAGCCGGUACGUCCAUCUGAGGGGCAUCACCGGGUCCGCAUUGCUAUCGGUAACGGCCUCCGUCAAUCCGUGUGGGAGGAGUUUGUUCAGAGGUUUGGAAUCAAACAUGUUGGAGAAUUCUACGGCGCUACGGAGUGCAACUGUAGCCUCAUCAACAUCGAUGGAACGGUGGGCGCAUGUGGUUUCAACAGCCGCAUCCUGCCCAGCUUCUACCCCAUCAGGCUGGUGAGGGUGGAGGAAGACAGCAGAGAACUGCUGAGGGACGCACUGGGACUCUGUAUACCAUGUCAGCCUGGGGAACCAGGAAUGUUGGUGGGCCGCAUCAACCAUAAGGACCCACUCAGGAGGUUUGACGGCUAUGCUGAUGACGAUUCCACCAAUAAGAAAAUAGCACACAGCGUCUUCAGGAUGGGGGACUCUGCCUAUGUCUCAGGUGAUGUGUUGGUGAUGGACGAUUAUGGCUACAUGUACUUCAGGGAUCGCUGUGGCGACACGUUUCGCUGGAGAGGGGAGAAUGUUUCCACCACGGAGGUGGAGGGAGUCCUCAGUGGCCUGCUGGGACACACCGAUGUCGCCGUCUAUGGAGUUUGUGUGCCAGGUGUGGAAGGUAGGGCCGGUAUGGCAGCAAUAGCGCAUACAGGAGACCACUUUGACCUGAAUGCCUUCUUGAUUGCCGUACAAAAAUCCCUCGCCCCCUACGCUCGCCCUGUCUUCCUGCGACUCACACCAGCUGUGGACACUACAGGAACCUUCAAGAUUCAAAAGACACGUCUGCAGAAGGAAGGUUACAAGCCGCAAAACUCUGAAGAAAAGAUCUACUAUCUAAACAGCCUUGUUAGGCAUUACGAGGCUGUUACUGAUCAACUAUAUGAUGCCAUCAUAGAGGGACGUGUGCGACUAUGAAACUACCUUUGGAAGGACUUCAAGAAUAUGCGGAAACACCAACUAUGCAAGUAAUGACCAUAAUAUAUUACUUUUUUUACAAUCAAACAGUUGUUAGGUGUCAUGCGUCAUGUCUUAUCCAAUUUAAACGCAGUAAGUUACCUGUGUGCAAUCACAGUGACGUUUAUCAAAACUUUUACACUUUUCUAAACAAAAAAAAAAACAUCCAAAAAUAAAUACUGACUACUGUAUUUUUCGGAGUAUAAGUCGCUCCGGAGUAUAUGUCGCACCGGCCGAAAAUGCAUAAUAAAGAAGGAAAAAAACAUAUGUAAGUCGCACUGGAGUAUAAGUCGCAUAUUUUGGGGACAUUUAUUUGAUAAAACCCAACACCAAGAAUAGACAUUUGAAAGGCAAUUUAAAAUAAAUAAAGAAUAGUGAACAACAGGCUGAAUAAGUGUACGUUAUAUGAGGCAUAAAUAACCAACUGAGAACGUGCCUGGUAUGUUAACGUAACAUAUUAUGGUAAGAGUCAUUCAAAUAACUAUAACAUAUAGAACAUGCUAUACGUUUACCAAACAAUCUGUCACUCCUAAUCGCUAAAUCCCAUGAAAUCUUCUACGUCUCGUCUCUUACGUGAAUGAGCUAAAUAAUAUUAUUUGAUAUUUUACGGUAAUGUGUUAAUAAUUUCAUACAUAAGUCGCUCCUGAGUAUAAGUCGCACCCUCGGCCAAACUAUGAAAAAAACUGCGACUUAUAGUCCGAAAAAUACGGUAUUUUGAUUUAAAAAGAUUAGUUGUGAUAUAAGGGUGUGAGUGGUCACCUAGUGACAUUUUUGUCACAUACUCGCACCUCAAGUGGCAGAGACCGUAGGCGACGUGCAUGAAAUGCAAACAUUUGCAAUGAUCCAGCUCUGGAGGGAAGGCGAGGCUGGCAUAUACAGUAUAUCUCUUUGAUUAGCGAUCAGAAGCAGGGGAGUCUCUGGUCUUAGCGAGACAGCGCUAAGACCAGAGUGGUAGAGCCAAACAGGAAGUGAACUGAAAUAAGCAAUAAUAAACACAAGAGUAAAAGUCAGACCUGGCGUGACAAAUUUAUUCAAAUGUGCACGUAGCUGCUUUGCAAUCGGUUCAAUAAUUGUAGGCUUGAUCACUUUAGUGCACUUGAAAUGUAUAAAAAAAAAAGAAGCUGGGCCUGAUGAGAGUUCAAGCUGAUGAUUAUACCCUAAAUAUAUCUUAGCCGAAUUAAUUUUUUUUAUUAGCUCUUUUACUGCCAUCUUGUGAACAUGUGAAUUACUGCAAAACAUCUUUCAACAAAGUAUUGGGAUUAUACCCAUUAUACCUGUACAGGAAGAGUAAAUAACAAAUAUAACUUUCUGUUAAGUCCUUCAUUUUUUUAAUGCUGUCAGUAAAAAUGUUUUUGUCUAUUGAUCCAUAAGAACAUUGGUGAGGUCAGAGGUCACCGAGGUGUAGUUCUACCCCAAAAGGUGUUUGACGGGGAUUAUCCACACCACACUACCUGGACCUUGCUUUUUUUCACUCAUACUGGCCUCGGUCCCCACAAUGUCGGAACUACGGAAUGGUCCAAAAUAUAUUGGUAAGAUGAAGAACGGACAUUUUAAGGGGUCGAAGAAACAAUAUUGGUGUAGUUAUGUCCUUAUAGCAGGCGAUGUCAAACUGGUUUUCAUUAAGGGCCACAUCGCAGUUAUGGCUGCCCUCAGCAUGUAACAACAAAUAUAUAUGAAUUUGCCCAUGCAUUUGAUUAUUAUAGAUAUUUUUUCAUGUACACUGUAAACAAAUAUUUAGAUUUUACAGUAAACAGUUGGUAAUUCAAUCACCAGAAUUUUACUGUGAAAUAUAAAGUGUUUUUUUACAACCUAUUACGGUAAAUGGAAAAACGGUAGUGCUGUUUUUUUACGUAAACAAUUCGCCAGAAUUUUGGUGGCUUUUACAACAAAUUUUUGUACAUGGAAAGACAGUAGCACUGUUUUUUUUUAAUUCUGGCAACAGAGCUGUCAGUUUUUUACUGUUCAAAAAACUUGGUACAGUUUUUGCAUUUAUAGCAAACAACAAUUAUCGUAUUUUUCGGAGUAUAAGUCGCACCUGCCGAAAAUGCAUAAUAAAGAAGGAAAAAAACAUUGGAGCCCGCCAAACUAAACUGGCACCUCAGUCGACAGAAUUUUACCGUAAAAAUGUACAGUAAUAUGCUGUAAAAACUACCGUAAAUGUAAUCUAAAAUCCAUU